AGUUAAACAGAGAAACUCCGCCCCACUGGUUGCGAUGAAAGAAAAAGGAGAGAUCUGCACGGGAAUCCGGACAGAAAGGUUAACGCAGCCGGUUUGUUUUCCUCUUCAGUGUUUGCUACACCGAUCCCACUCCCGCCUCCUCCCGCUGCCAGACCCGUCCUGAGCCGGUGAGAGUUAGUGUGACCCGGACUGCGGCAGUCCCGCUCUACCCCGGCUCACCCGGCCCUGUCCAUCUGUAAUGAGCGACGGACACAUCACAGCCGAGUGGCCUCGGGAGCGGCAGCUCAGACUCAACUCUCCGUACAGGGUGAGCACACCGGUGCAGGAACAUUGCCUGUUAUCCGGGUAGUCAGACUGUGAUUUCCCGGGACCACACUGAUCGCCGUCCGGUUACAACAUCAGAGGUCAUCACCAGCAGAUGGAGCUGUCCUGCACUGUGACCAAAGUGUAAACAAGACGACGACAAUCAACAAUCAUCAGUCAGAAUCAGAAUGGCUACAGGUGGGAAACUAAAUCGGGUACAGAAAAUUCUCAAGAGGUUUUUACCAGGCAACUCAUCCAGGGAAGAUGAUCGGGACCCGGGAAGCAAGGUACCAAAGCAGGGUCAGAUUGAGAGCAAUGUCCCAAUGGAAUGCGGUCCGGCCGCAGCGGAAGUGGAGCAAAUUCAGCCCAGAGACAACAGUGACGUCAGAGACACUGAGCAGGACCCUGGAACCGGUACAAGUGAGGCGACUGUCUGUCAGCCCAGAGACAGUGACGUCAGAGACACUGAUCAGGACCCUGGAACCGGUACAAGUGAGGCGACUGUCUGUCAGCCCAGAGACAGUGACGUCAGAGACACUGAUCAGGACCCUGGAACCGGUACAAGUGAGGCGACUGUCUGUCAGCCCAGAGACAGUGACGUCACAGACACUGAUCAGGACCCUGGAACCGGUACAAGUGAGGCGACUGUCUGUCAGCCCAGAGACAGUGACGUCACAGACACUGAUGAGGACCCUGGAACCGGUACAAGUGAGGCGACUGUCUGUCAGCCCAGAGACAGUGACGUCAGAGACACUGAUCAGGACCCUGGAACCGGUACAAGUGAGGCGACUGUCUGUCAGCCCAGAGACAGUGACGUCAGAGACACUGAUCAGGACCCUGGAACCGGUACAAGUGAGGCGACUGUCUGUCAGCUCGGAAGCUCAUUAAACACGGAAUUGUCAAGUCCCCAACAAGGAGCAGAGUCAGAGUUUACAAUCUCCGACCUCCUGGCAGAGGGGGGUGAAUAUCGACUGUACCAGUUGACAAAGUUCUACAGGGACAGACUCAAACAAGCGAUUGAAGAAAAGGUUGAAAGACUCGGCUGGAUGUUGACAAAGGAGGGACAUUUCAGUAGAGCAGAAAAUGAGAAAGUCACCGAACUGACAGAGAAGGGAAACCGGACAGAGAGUUCCAGACUCUUCCUCAGUUUGGUGAUGGGUAAAGGCUCCCGGGCCCGGAGGGCGAUGUGGGAAUCCUUUGUGAUGUGGAGGACUGAGUUACCGAAGUUGGACAGAAUACUGAGGGAAAUACAGGAACUCGGUCCUGGUCCACAGGAAUACAUGAACAUCGCCCAAGGGUUAUCUGAAUUACCCACUCAACUGAUAGAUGUUCAACAGAAACACAAGGAGACUCUGCGGGUACAAACUGAAUCACUGAGAGUGAACACGAUCCUGAUGAGGGAGAAGGUGAAGGUUUUCCAGCUGGUUGAUCGAUACGCUGAGCUCACGGUCAUUUCUACUGUUCGAGAUCGGAGACUGGUGGAACAUGAGCUGCUGGCAAGAGGCAGAGACCACGAGGAGAGGAGACAGAAACAACUCUGUGGAGAGCUGGAAAAAAUCCGGACUGAUCAGUUAUUCCAGAGCAGCUUCUGCCGGAGUAAAUCCAAAUCUGGGAGUUCGGCAGCAGUGGCCGGAAUCCCGGGGAUCGGGAAAACAACAAUGGUACAGAAGAUUGUUUAUGACUGGGCCACGGGGAAAAUAUUCAAACAAUUCCAGUUUGUCUUCAGCUUCAAAUUCCGGGAUUUAAACUCUAUUAACUGCAGAAUAAACCUGAGGGAACUGAUUCUGGAUCAGUAUCCUUACUUUGGGAAUUUACUCAGAGAGGUCUGGAAGAACCCAGAGGGAUUGCUGUUUAUAUUCGAUGAUUUGGAUGAACUCAAACACAGAAUCGAUUUUGCUGACAGUCGGAGAGAUACAGAACCCAAGCACCAGUGCCCAGAUCCCGAGUGGUGGUGUGAAGUGUCUGACAUUGUGUACAGUUUAAUCCAGGGCAAGCUGCUCCCAGGGUGUUCAGUGCUGGUGACCACCCGUCCCACGGCGUUACAUUUAUUGGAAAAGGCGGAGAUCAAUGUCCGGGCUGAAAUCCUGGGAUUUGAUGGUGAGGAAAAGAAAGAAUAUUUCAAUAGGCAUUUUGAUGAUCAGACGGUGGCGGAAGCUGUGUUCAAGCAUGUGAAGGAGAACGAGAUCCUGUACACCUUGAGCUACAACCCCUCCUACUGCUGGAUCCUCGCUCUGGCACUGGGCCCCUUCUUCACACAAAGGGACAGGGAACCGCAGCGAGUUCCCAAGACCAUCACCCAACUGUACUCCUACUAUAUUCACAACAUCCUGAAAAACCACGGCCGUGAGAUUGAGAACCCCCGUGAUGUGUUACUCAGGGUUGGUCAGAUGGCCUUCAGAGGAGUGUCCCAGAGGAAGAUAGUGUUUACAGAUGGAGAUUUGAUCGAGUACAACCUGCAGCCUUCCCAGUUCCUGUCCGGGUUCCUGAUGGAGCUUUUGGAGAGAGAGGAUUCUGCCCGGAGCGUGGUGUACACAUUCCCACACCUCACUAUCCAAGAGUUUGUCGCUGCAGUCGCACAAUUCCUGAUCCCAGACGGCAGAGAUUUUAUGAAAUUCCUCACUGAAGCCCACUGCGUGAAGGACGGGCGGUUUGAGGUGUUUCUGCGUUUUGUUGCUGGUCUCUCCAACCCAAUGACAGCUCGGGGCCUGGAGGAGUUUCUGGGACCAUUUCCUCAUCAAACAACCUGCCGGGUGAUUGACUGGGUGAAGGAGGAGGUUAAACGCCAGAGUGGAAACACGAGGAGUGAAGCUGGUAAAAGGAGCCUCCUGAACACAUUGCACUACCUGUUUGAGUCUCAGAAUCGUGGACUGGCUCAGGACGCACUGGGAUCUGUGGAAACACUUUCAUUCAGUGGAAUGACACUGACCCCGAUUGACUGCGCGGUCCUGUCUCAUGUCAUCGGACUCUGCGAUACAAUAAAACACCUCGACCUGAGGAACUGCCACAUUCAGUGUGAAGGAAUCGAGCGGCUGGGACCCGGGCUGCACAAGUGCCAGGAGUUGAGACUUGGGGAGAAUAAACUGGGAGAUUCAGGAGUGAAACUGGUGUCUGCGGCUCUGAGGAACCCGGAGUGUAAAAUACAGACACUGUGGCUGCAGAAUGUCGGUCUCACAGAUUCUGGUGCCGAGGAUCUCGUCUCUGCUCUCAGUACAAACCGAUCACUGACGGAGCUGGACCUGAGUGGUAAUGAACUGGGAGAUUCAGGAGUGAAACUGGUGUCUGCGGCUCUGAGGAACCCGGAGUGUAAAAUACAGAAACUGGGGCUGUGUGAGGUCGGUCUCACAGAUUCUGGUGCCGAGGAUCUCGUCUCCACUCUCAGUACAAACCGAUCACUGACGGAGCUGUACCUGAAUGGUAAUAAACUGGGAGAUUCAGGAGUGAAACUGGUGUCUGCGGCUCUGAGGAACCCGGAGUGUAAAAUACAGAAACUGCGGCUGGGGGUUGUCGGUCUCACAGAUUCUAAUGCCGAGGAUCUCGUCUCCGCUCUCAGUACAAACCCAUCACUGACGGAGUUGAGACUUGGGGAGAAUAAACUGGGAGACUCGGGAGUGAAACUGGUGUCUGCGGCUCUGAGGAACCCGGAGUGUAAAAUAGAGAAACUGCGGCUGAUGAAUGUCGGUCUCACAGAUUCUGGUGCCGGGGAUCUCGUCUCCGCUCUCACUACAAACCAAUCACUGACGGAACUGGACCUGAGUCAUAAUAAACUGGGAGAUUCAGGAGUGAAACUGGUGUCUGCGGCUCUGAGGAACCCGGAGUGUAAAAUACAGAAACUGCGGCUCAGGGAUGUCGGUCUCACAGAUUCUGGUGUCGAUGAUCUCGUUUCCGCUCUCAGUACAAACCCAUCACUGAUGGAGCUGGACCUGGGAACAAACUCUCUCACUGACCGAUCUGUCCCUGCUCUCCGCCGCCUCAUACUGACCCUCUCGAGUCUGGAGCGGAUCGACCUGGAGAAGAAUCGAUUCAGUCGGACAGGGGAGAAGGAACUGAGAUCUCUGCAGGAACCCAGACCCGGACUGACAGUGACCGUGUGAACAUCUGAAUGUGUGAACAUCCCCGCCCGCGGGAUGGGGACAUUUCGGCCGAUUCUUCGGCCUGCCCUUUAACUCCCGCCCUUACCUUUAAUGUCCGCACUCCAGGUUUAAUUCCCAACGGUUGUAACGGAUCUGGCUCCAAUCUUGCCCUCUGUGACAUCGGAAGCGGUCCCUCAGUGACGUAUUUCCGCCUGUUGUCCAGUGGCGCGACUUCCCCCACGUGAGACCCCAGGAAUUACACAGACAGGAAGAUCUUUGGGGGACAUGGGUUCAUUCUCGGACACCAGUUUCCCGAGGUGGGAUUAUCCCGGGACAGAAUCCUUUUGCUCCCUUUGCUGAGGACGGGGCAUUCGGCAGUCUGGCCGAUAUAAUGAUGUUAAAUUGACAAAUACCUCGGCAGUGACCCUGGAUCUGCAGCGAUCCCGGUCACGGCCCUGAAUUGUGAUUUUAUAAUCAUCCUUUCCCCAAUGCAGAGUGUCGGUGAGAAACGGGACUGAUUAUUCAACCUGUCACUCGUUGUCACCGGUCAGUUAAUUGUGUGUGACUGUGAGUGAGUCAGGAGCAGCUUAUUUAUUCCCGCACGUCAGCAGCUCACAUAUUGUUUUAUUUACAUUUGUCAUGAUGAAAUCAAUAAACCGCUGUAACUUCCUGUCUUAGUGUCGGACUUGAG